AUGGUCCCUGGUUUCCAAACCCGGUGGUGGUUAGAAACCACUCCCCUCCCUUUGUCAUCUACCAACCUCGAUCCCCUCCCACCUCCUGCCUCCCUCCCACCGUUGGUUUUAAUCACCAGCGAGGAUUGGAAACCACAAGGCUCCAACUGUGGAGCUGGUUCCAAAAGAAACGUUACCCCGGCAAACGUCUCCUCCUCCUCCCUCUCUUUCCAAAUAUCUCUUCCAUCAUCACUCAAGUCAUUAGAAACAUGUAUUAGAAGCUAUUGUAUUAGCCAUAGAAACCCAGUGUACAAGAGUUAG